GCUAAUUAUAUGUUGAAAACUAGCAUAAUACCGGUGGUGUGUUGUGUGUAUCCUUUUUAUAGCCAUUUCUCGUUAUAAUGGAAGCUAGUCCUCGUGUUUUGGGGAAAGCAUCCAAGAUAAUUUCCCUUGCUUUACCCAAAGGAACGGAAAAAUUGUGUGAACUUUGUCAAAAAACAGCGCACCUGCAAUGCACCAAAUGUCGGGUCACCUUUUACUGUGAUGCAGAGCACCAGCAGGCUGACUGGGUGGGGAUCCAUGAGAGAAUCUGUCAGAUGCUUGUUACCAUCCGCAGCCCGACAGUCUUAAGCCUCCAGCAGGCAGGAUGCAUUCAAUCACAGCUUGUAAAGGCGGAGCUGAUUGAGAUGUGCAGGUUGGUGGCUCAGAGUAAGCUGUCUGAGGGGAAGCACCAGGAAGCUCUGCCCGCGGCCCAGUUCUGCCUGCGCUGCUCUAAAGAUGUUCACGGCCCCAGAUCUGUCCAAAUGGUCCCAGCCUACCUGCUGCUGGCUGAGGCUAACAUGGGUAUGGGUAAUCUAGCCUGGGCGGCGGAGCUCCUGUCCCAGGCGGAGUGGGCGGCGCUGAAGAGUUCAGAUCACGUGGUCCACCAACGUCUGCACAGGUGCCUGGGUCGCCUCCACACAGCCACUGGAAACCUGGAGGCUGCGCUGUUCAACUUUGCAAAUGAUAUAUACUUUGCCAGUGAGGAGUAUGGCCUGGAUAGCACAGUCACUCGUGGAGGAUACUUUCUCAUGGCUAAUGUGUAUGCCAAACUUGGGGGGUUGCCUAUUGUUCGUUCCUUGUACUCCGAGGUGGCACAAACUUGGCACUGCCAUCUGACCAAACUCCUCGACACCCACGUACAAAAUGUCCAAAGUCCUGACACAGAGUUGGAGCCAUAUGAUGAAGCCGAGCGAGUUGAAGUGGAUGAUAUGUUAAGAACAAUGCUGGAGUUUGAGCAGAAUGACUCCAGAAAAGACUCAGCUCAGAUUGCACUGGUGGCUCACUGCCUGGCCAUGCUGUGGUUCCUAGCAGGUGACUCCCUAAAGGCACUGGGAUUUGGCAACACUGCCCUGCAGGCCAGCCAGCUGAUACCAGACCUGACGGAGCCCAUCCAGGGCCUGCUGCAGCUGCUGCACACCGCCCGCUAGUCCCCAUACCUGCCCUGCCCCGCCCUCUGCCUGGAGAUCUACACCCCCGGGACAUCUGUUUAGCCCCACACCACUUCACACAUGUAUAAGUAGAAACCCCCCUGAAUUGGUCACAAAUAAAAAGUUUAUGAGUACAGAGUUUAUGAUGUCAUUUAGGGUUUAUCCAGAUGUUGUGUAAGCGGACAAUGAAAAACAAUGGGGGGAAGAAAAAUACAUUUGUGCUCAGUCGAAUACCCCCAGGCAAAUAAAAAUGCCUAGAGAACAUUUGAUAUUAACAUAGAACAGGAUAUAUGCAGGAAUCCGGAAGUCAAAUGUAGUAGCUACCUUUUAAGACCCUUUCCAUACAU